AUGAUGAUAGACACCGUUAAAUGGCUUCUCGACGCGAAUCCUGAUACGAUCAAUGCCCGCGACCAGCAUGGGGCCACGGUGUUUAGUUAUGCGGUCAAGUCCCGUGCGGUGGGAAUUGCGGGGAUCUUAGCAGCUGUGAAGGUGCUUCUCAAUGCGAGACGGCCAAGUUUGACUUUGGAUCCUAUUCUCGACGAGGAAUCUGACCCAGUAGACGCCACAACCGCUACCACCGGGACGUCAACACUCUUGCAGGAUACAGUCACUUCCUAUUCCCGGAGAUUCAACAACGUCCGCGAUGAACGCUUCACGGAACUGAUCGAAACCUUCCUUGAGCAUGGAGCUGAUGCUCGGUUAUGCUUACAUCGGCUGUGUGCCGGGAUUUGGUCUGUUUCGAUCAGUCUCAGUAUGCUGGACCGCCUUCUGGAGCCACCGACGAAUAUAAACGAUACGGAUGCCGAUGGCUGUACGGCCAUGCACUAUCUUGUCCGGCAUCUGGAUCAGAUCCAGGCCGCUCGCCAUUUGAUCAAGCGCGGAGCGGAUGUGAGCGUUGUUAACCACAAGGGAAAUACGCCUCUCCAUGAACUGAUGAAAGGAACUAUGCUUCGACAUCUAGAUAAAUAUGGAAAGCCUGAUCCUCCGCAACCAAGGGAUGCACCGGCGCGAGCACGGGAGGAGUGGAUCAAAGUCUUGCUCGAGGCUGGAGGUUCUAUGCAUCAAACGAAUGCAGCCGGGCAGACCCCAGCUCAGCUGCUUGAUGAGCUCAACGAGAGGAUACAGCGUCAUCGGCAGGCAGAGGCAGCACGUGGAAGAGGACGGGGCCGAGGCCGAGGUUUGAGGUCAUAG